CUGAAAAUCUUGUCUAGUCAGAUGAAGGAUUAUGUUACCGAGGCUAGGGUGUGGUCUUGCCCAAGCCUGAGUUUUGCGAGGCCUCGCCGAAUGUCAGCAAGCUCUAUCUUAUAGCUAUUGCUACAAGCUAUAGUUCAUGUCCUUCGUAUCAUAAAUUUCGCGAGUUCACUUCUUUUUCUAUUCUGUUCUUCUCACACAUUGAGUUUGGCUGCAACCAUGACGAUCCCUAUCUACGUAGCCGGCGUUGCAGUGUUGGGAUACUUCUUGUAUAAACUAUUCUAUGGAACCGACAAACCGCACAUCAAAGGCUUGCGUGAAGUCCCUGGGCUUCCUCUGCUUGGAAGCUUGUAUGAACUUGGCACAAAACAUCCAAAGGUAGCACAGCAAUGGGCGAAGAAGUAUGGUCCAGUCUACCAGGUGAGGAUGGGAAACAAGAGAAUCGUCUUUGCAAACUCGUUUGACUCCAUCCGUCACCUCUGGAUCGUAAACCAAGCAGCCAUGAUUUCACGGCCUAUGCUCCAUACCUUUCAUAAAGUCGUCUCCUCCUCACAAGGUUUCACAAUUGGAAGUUCUCCAUGGGACGACUCCUGCAAAGCUCGCCGUAAGGCAGCUGCAACGGCCCUGAACCGACCUGCUGUACAGUCAUACAUGCCCCUCAUCGACCUCGAAUCGACCGUCUCUAUCAAGGAGCUUCUCCAGGACAGCAAAGGUGGAGAAAUCGAUCUCGAUCCCCGAGCAUAUUGGCAGCGAUACGCUUUGAACACAUCCUUGUCACUGAACUACGGAUACCGUAUUGAUGGCAACAAGAACGCGCCGCUGCUCAAGGAGAUUGUGAAUGUCGAGAGGGGCAUAGGAUCACUCAGAUCGACAAGCAAUAAUUGGCAAGACUACAUCCCGCUGCUACGGCUGCUUCCAAGUAAAAACAAUGAGGCUAAGCACUUCCGAAAGAGGCGAGACAUAUACAUGGACAAGCUACUCAGCAUCCUGGAAGAGAAGAUCGAGAGCGGCACAGACAAACCAUGCAUCACCGGCAACAUCCUCAAGGACCCCGAAGCAAAGCUAAACAGAGCCGAAAUCACCUCGAUCGGCCUCACCAUGGUCUCCGCAGGCCUCGACACGGUCCCCGGCAAUCUAAUCAUGGGCAUCGCCUACCUGGCGACCUCCAAAGGCCAAAAGAUCCAACAACGCGCCUACGAGGAAAUCAUGAAAGUCUACCCCAACAACGACGCCUGGGAGCGCUGCCUCAACGAAGAACGCGUCCCCUACAUCACCGCCCUGUACAAAGAAAUCCUGCGCUACUGGAUCGUCAUUCCCAUCUGCCUGCCCCGCGUCUCAAUCAAAGACAUCGAAUGGAACGGUACUGUCAUUCCCGCUGGCACAACUUUCUAUAUGAAUGCCUAUGCCGGCAACUAUGACCCUACUCACUUCACCAACCCCGAGACUUUCGAUCCAGAACGCUACCUCGCCGUCUCCGAUGGCGCAGGAACACCACACUACGCAUAUGGCGCUGGCUCGCGCAUGUGCGCAGGCUCUCACUUGGCGAACCGCGAGCUGUUUACUGCGUUUGUCAGACUAAUUUCUGCGUUUGAAUUCACACCACCGGUUGAUCCGCGGGAUGAGCCUAUUCUGGACUGUCUGGAGGCGAAUGCGCUUCCGACGGGUUUGACGUUGGAGCCUAAGUAUUUUAAGGUGGGAUUUAAGCCGAGGAAUAGGGAGUUGUUAGAUAAGUGGAUUAGGGAAAGUGAGGAGAGAACGAAGGAUUUGAAGUAAGGGGUGCCCAGAAUUUGGUGGCAGAGAUAGUAGCAUGUGUGAAGUGUUGGAUCGCUUGCUAUUAAGCAUUUACCUUGAGAGACUUGAAUGUAGCCAGAUUCAUCAUGUCUUGUUGUGUUAGUUAUCGCGUCUUGGAGCGUACUAUCCAAUCUAAUGAGCAGUUGUAUCUAUUGCCUGCCACUAC